UUUGACAUAAAUUCGCGAGCCGUGUGCGAUCUAUACCGUGAACAUGUCUUCGCUAAAAUUAAGUUUAUUAAUAUUGACGGUGCUUAGUGUUAUUUUUAGUAUAAACACUCAAACAGUACACAAACGGUUUGAGUAUAAAUAUUCAUUUAAACCACCAUAUUUAGCUCAAAAAGAUGGAACAGUUCCGUUUUGGGAGUACGGUGGCAAUGCGAUAGCGUCGGGCGAAAGUGUCAGGUUGGCACCAUCACUGCGCAGUCAAAAGGGCGCAAUAUGGACCAAGCAGCCUAUAAACUUCGACUGGUGGGAGGUGGACGUCAUGUUCAAGGUCACCGGUAGAGGACGAAUAGGAGCUGAUGGUUUGGCGUUCUGGUAUACGACGCAGCGUGGUGACUACAACGGCGAUGUAUUCGGAUCAUCGGACCGCUGGAACGGUCUCGCCAUCAUGUUUGACUCCUUCGACAAUGACAAUAAACACAAUAACCCAUACAUUAUGGCGGUUGUUAAUGAUGGCACAAAGAACUUUGAUCACAAGAGUGACGGAUCAACGCAAUUGCUGUCAGGGUGUCUGCGCGACUUCCGUAACAAGCCGUUCCCGACGCGCGCUCGUAUUGAAUACUACCUCAACACACUCACUGUAUACUUCCAUAACGGAAUGACAAACAACGAGUUGGAUUACGAGCUGUGUUUCCGCGCGGAGAACGUGGCGCUGCCACGAGGCGGGUACUUCGGUCUGUCUGCUGCUACUGGUGGACUGGCAGAUGACCAUGAUGUCAUACAUCUGCUCACCACAUCACUGCACAGCACACAGCAACAAGGUGGUCAGCAGAUCAGCAACGACGAGCAACAGAAGCUGUCGCAGGAAUACCAGGAGUACCAGAAGAAGCUGGAGCAGCAGAAGACUGACUACAGGAAAGAGCAUCCCGAUGAAGUUCGCGACAAAGAUGGCGAAUUCGAUGACUGGUUCGAGUCUGACGGUCAGCGAGAACUGCGACAGAUCUUCCAGGGUCAGGGUCAGAUACAUGACAUACUUAGAGACCUCAACAAGAAAGUUGACGAGGUGAUCGGCAAACAGAUGAACUCGCUAUCAAUGUUGACAGCUGUGUACAGUCAGUCACAAGGACAACCCAUACAACCUGGACAAGCUCCCAUGCAGAUGCCGUCGCUACCGAUCGGGCGACAGGACUGGGACGCGCUGGUCGCUAAUAACCAACUGAUGAUAAACACUAUUGCUGAACUCAAAGGUUUCAUAAUUGACGUGUCUCGUAAAUCUGACUCGCUGCUGGCGAUGGGCGGGGCUGGGGCCGGUGCUGGAGGUGCAGCAGGCGGGGCUGCCAUCAACCCACAAUUCCUCAACGAGAUGAGGGAUAAUGUCAAUCAAGUCAAACAGGCUGUUAAUGGAGUCGCACAGAGGCUCACCCAAGCCCCCCAGAUGGCGGCACAGUCUGCCUGCCCCGAGGUGUCGUGUGUGGGCACCACCACGCUGCUGCUGGUCGUCGCUGCACAACUCACACUCAUGUUCCUCUACACCUUAUAUAAAGAAAGAAAAGAAGCACAAGCAAAGAAAUUCUUCUAAGUCGUGUGUAAAAAUUAACAUUGUUGAAUUCACAGUACUUGUAAAUAAUAGGAGCGAAAUUGCCAAAUACCCUCAAAAUAAUUUCACUGGUUAUUUUAAUAAGUUUACUGUCACAA